AUGGGGGGCCGCAAUCGAAUCAGGCCUCUUGAGAAUGCCGACAACCCCAGCAGUGAAAGGAGGGAUAGUGAGGUCGAGUCAGGUCCCGCAGAAUGGAAGGUUUACGGUCGAAGGCAUCGCGGGGGCUCGAGUGGGGAGCUGCAGUUCUUCGAAGAGGUCGAAGACCAGCCGUUGAGGAGGGCGGGCAAGAGAUGGCUCUGGUUCGACACAGUAUUGAAUCCUCAUUCAAAGGCUAUCAUGGUGUGGAACCGGGUCUUCCUGCUGUCGCUGCUGAGUGGCACGGUGGUCGACCCCCUCUUCUUCUACCUCCUCGCGGUGGACCUCUCCGAGCUGUGCGUCUACGUCCACGAGCCGUUCGCGAUCGCCGUUACAGUGUUACGCACCAUGAACGACGUGCUCUACAUUCUUAACAUGUGGCUCCAGUUCCGCACGGCAUAUGUCUCGCGCUCCUCGCUGAAACUGGGGAUCGGCGCGCUAGUGACCAGCCCGCGCAAAGUCGCCAUGAACUACGUGCACGUUCUGCGCGGGGGCCUUGCUCUGGACAUCCUCGUCAUUCUGCCGUGCCCGCAGUUCACCAUCUGGAUCCUGGUUCCGCACUUGAUGACGUCAGGCUCCACCGCAAGCGCGACCACCGUGCUCCUCUUCGCUCUUCUCGUCCAGUUCAUCAUCCGGCUCUUCCGGUACUGCGCUCUAGUUCGUCGGAUGCAGCGCGUGGUGGGGUACAUCUUCUGGGGCUCCUGGUGGGGCUUCGUCCUCAACCUGGCAGCCUACGUCACCGCCGCGCACGUGUUCGGCGCCCUGUGGUACCUCUUUGCCGUCGCCCGAGUCCACAGCUGCCUGGCUCACAAGUGCGACCAGACUCCCGGGUGCACCCACUACAUUCUCGGCUGCGACCCCCCCAUCGAAAUGGUUCAUCACCCCCACUUCAGCGCCGCGCGCGCGGCUUGGACUGGCAACCUGAACGUGACCACGGAGUGCAUUACGGACGCAAAGUCGUUUCAUCACGGGAUCUACUGGAACGCGCUGCCCCUGGUGGUCGGGACCAGCGUCGCGGAGAAGAUCGCGUUUCCGAUUUUCUGGGGUCUCAUGACGCUCAGCUCGUUUUGCAACUCGCUCACGCCCACAGAUAACCUCCCCGAGACCCUCUUCAGCAUCGUCCUCGUCUUGUCAGGCCUGCUGCUCUUCUCCGCGCUCAUUGGUAAUAUUCAGGUGUUCUUCCAGUCGCUUUGGAUCCGUGUGGACCGCAUGCGCUCGCGCCGGCAGGACCUGGAGUGGUGGAUGGCGCGGCGGCAGCUGCCGCGGCCGCUUCAGGAGCGCGUUGACGACUACGAGCAGCAGCACUGGUCGGCUACCCGGGGAAUCGACGAAGAGAACAUGAUUGCAGAUCUGCCGGAGGGGCUGAGGCGGGACAUCAAGCGCUACCUCUGCCUAGACCUCGUCAAGAAGAUCCCGCUGUUCUCGUACACCGACCCGCUGCUCCUCGACAUACUGUGCGAGCGGCUGCGCCCAGUGCUCUUCACGCGCGGCCUCGUUCUAGUUCGCGACGGCGAGCCCGUGCGACGGCUCUUACUUUUGGUGCGCGGCCGCCUGCGCAACGUGCACUCAGUUGGAGGACGCGCCAGUGUCGCAAUUUUGGGCCCGGGGGAUUUUACCGGGGAGGAGCUGCUGACGUGGGGGCUCGCGCGGACGGUUGACCAGCACCGCCUGCCGCUGUCCACUGCCAGCCUGGAGUGCGUUGACACCGUGGAGGCGUUCGCACUGGAGGCGGAGGACCUGAUGUACGUCACGUCGCACUUUCAACAGCGCCUGCAAAGCAAGAAACUGCGGCACACGAUCCGACAUUACUCGCCGCAUUGGCGCACGUGGGCGGCCGUGACAAUUCAGCUGACGUGGCGGCGCUUCAAGGCGGCCGCUGCGAGCCGCGGCCCGCGCACGGCCUCGGGCCUCGUCCCGGUCCCGGGGCAGCCUACCGACGACCCGACGAGGGACAAGUUGCGCAUGUACACUGCUAUGUUUACGUCGCCCAAGCCGCAGGAUUAA